AUGGCUUCGAUAAGAAGAACAUUGUCUCCGGUACCUCGACCUGGAACUUCACUAAAUGGGGAAGCCUGUUCGGUUCCUUCACCCUUGUCCAAGUCUUCUUCCUGUAACCAGAACUAUCCACCAGCAGGAGGUUUGAUGUGUUAUUUUGGUUCACUGGCCUAUGUAUUGUAUAGAGCUCAAGCUUUUGUUCUUGGUGUUUUCUCAACACGAUCUUCUCGGUCCUUGGAAAGGCCAAAGUUAAAUGGGCACGUUUGGAUGAGGGUUCUUUUCCAUUUCUUCACAUGUUUUGUGGUUGGGGUUUUUGUUGGGUUUGCUCCACUUGUUUCAAUGCACUUAUCCAUCAAUCUGGUGUCCAAACACCAAAUCAUCUCCUUUGAGGUUUUCCCUACAGCUGAAAAAGUUCACUUCCAUGAUGCUGUGACAAGAAAUAUGGCACCAUCAGUGGACAGAUCGACCAUAAAGGAUAAUGCUACAUUAGGUGUGAUAAGCGGAGAAGUACGAAGUGAGAUUUCUAAUUAUACACUUCUUGACCAAUCACUCAGACAAGAUCCAACUAUGGAGUUUCAUAAGCUUCUGAUCAUUGUCACCCCAACAUAUCCCCGGUCCUUUCAAACCUAUUAUUUGAACCGUUUGGCGCGCACCUUAAAAUUGGUACCUCCCCCUUUGUUGUGGAUAGUUGUGGAGAUGACGUCUCAGUCCAUGGAAACAGCUGACAUAUUGCGAAGAACUGGUGUCAUGUACAGGCAUCUUGUGUGCAAUGAGAACUUAACUGACAUGAUUGAUAGAGGCGUGCACCAAAGAAAUGUGGCACUGUCCCACAUUGAAACACACCGGCUUGAUGGAAUCAUUUACUUUGCAGAUGAUGAUAAUAUUUAUUCUGCUGAUCUCUUCGAACAGAUAAGGCAGAUCAGACGGCUUGGGACAUGGACAGUCGCCAAAAUGUUGGAGAGCCAAAGCAAAACUAUUUUGGAGGGUCCGAUCUGUAAUGGUUCUCAAGUUAUUGGAUGGCACACGGAUGAUUUGACAAGAAGAUUCAAGAGAUUCCAUGCCGAAAUGUCUGGGUUUGCAUUCAAUAGCAGUAUACUUUGGGAUCCAAAGAGAUGGCACCGACCUACUCUUGAACCUAUCAGGCAACUUGAUACAGUCAAGGCAGGCUUCCAAGUCAGCACCUUUAUUGAACAACUUGUAGAGGAUGAGAGCCAAAUGGAAGGCCUUCCACAGGAUUGUUCGAGGAUCAUGGUUUGGCAUCUUCAUGUGGAAUCGUCGUGUUCCCAUCCUCACAAAUGGUUUAUGAAGGAUAAUCUAGAUGGCAUUGCUCCACUUUCAUUGAGAUUUUGA